CGGAGCUACCGCAAUGGUCAUCAGACACUUCCUGCUCUGGAGGAAGCGUCAGUUAAGGUUGUUUAUUUCGGCUAGUUUUACUGUCACCUUCUACUAUUUACAAAAGGUUUUCUAACUCUGGGGAAAUCCUGGAGAGGUCCUGAGGUCUUACUUGAGCUCAUCAUGUACUUCUACCGCUGCUCUGCUCAGAGUUUAGAGUUUUAAUUAAUCCAUUUUUAGGAGGACGGACUAGAAUUGGGAUUGUCUUCAACACCAUUUUGUGGAACCGUGUAUCUCCUCAAAGGCUGCAGGUUCAUCAAGUGUACAUUUAUUUAAGUCAUGGCGGACGGGAGGAUCUAUGUGGGAAACCUUCCCAUGGACGUGCAGGAGAGGGACAUUGAGGAUCUCUUCUUCAAAUAUGGCAAAAUUCGGGAUAUCGAGCUGAAGAACAACCGCGGGACCAUCCCCUUUGCCUUUGUUCGUUUUGAGGACCCACGGGAUGCAGAGGACGCCGUCUAUGGAAGGAAUGGAUAUGGAUUUGGAGACGGUAAGCUGCGUGUGGAAUAUCCUCGCUCCUCAGGAUCCAAAUUUGGCGGAUCAGGUGGAGGACCAAGGGGAAGGUUUGGACCUCCGUCGCGUAGAUCCGAGUUCCGGGUUAUAGUUACGGGCCUUCCUCCCACCGGAAGUUGGCAAGAUCUUAAAGACCACAUGAGGGAGGCAGGAGACGUGUGCUUUGCUGAUGUGCAGCGUGACGGUGAGGGAGUGGUGGAAUUCCUGAGACGGGAAGACAUGGAGUAUGCCCUGCGUCGACUGGAUGGCACGGAGUUCAGAUCCCACCAGGGUGAGACAGCCUACAUCAGAGUAUUGGAGGAGCGCGGCACGAGCUGGGGUCGUUCCCGUUCCCGCUCCAGGUCUCGUGGGCGGUACACUCCUCCGUACCAGAGCCGAGGUUCUCCUCCUCGCUACCGCUCCCCUCCACGCCAUUUGGCUCGUCUCAGCCCUCCUUCGCGAAGACCGCUGCCUCAGCACCACAGCCCACUGCCACGUCACUAUCGGUAAACAGCCAAACGAGUUCAGCCCUGUUUAAAACCCACCCCUCACCAUAUUCUACCUUUUUAAUUUUUUUUUUUUAAUUUUGUAAUUUACAUUCCACAAUUAAGAGCAUCCCUGGAAAGCCUUAGUCUUUGUUCACAAGUUUCAAAAUGGUCUCAAGAUGAAAAUGUUCCUCUUCUGGUCAAUAAUAACUGGAUAAUUCUUAACUGCCAGGAAGAGAGGUUUUAUCUCAUCAUUUAGAGCAAAAAUCAUGAUUAAAUCAUUUGUGUCCACCUUUUGUUAUUUUGGCAAAAAAAAAAGGCUGUUCUUGCAGAAGUUGUGCUAAUCUUUUUAUUUUUCUUUUAAGUAAAAUGAAAACAAGGCUUAGGUUUGUUUUCUAAUGUACUCUCUCCCUUCUUUUUUGUAUCAUGUUAAAAAUACACUUCUUGUAUUUUUAUUUUCCAAAUUAAAGAUUUGAAUCAUG